AUGAAAAUGCAAUCUCAACCCCACCAAUUGCAUGUAAUUUUUCUUCCAUAUCCAGCACCUGGCCAUAUGAACCCCAUGAUAGACACAGCAAGGCUAUUUGCAAAGCAUGGUGCUAGUGUUACCAUUAUCACUACCUAUGCUAAUGCUUUGACUUUCCAAAAAGCCAUUGAUAAAGAUUUCAGUUAUGGAUACUACAUCAGAACACAUGUGAUUCCAUUCCCAGCAUCUCAAGUUGGUCUCCCUGAUGGGGUUGAAAACUUCCAAGCCAGCACUUCAAGAGAAACGUUAAGAAAAAUAAGCAAUGGAAUAUCAAUGCUCCAAGAUCAAACUGAACUUCUGUUCCAGGAUAUGCAACCAGAUUGUAUAGUAACUGAUCCACUUUAUCUUUGGACAGUGGAAUCUGCUGCAAAACUUGGCAUUCCAAGGCUUUACUUUUAUAGCUCAAGCUGCAUCACAGCCUGUGCCAUUCACUUUAUCAGCAAGCAUAAGCCUCAUGAGAGGCUUGUUUCUGAUAACCAAAAGUUUUCAAUUCCUGGACUGCCACAUAACAUAGAGAUGACUCCACAGCAGCUAGAAGAAUGGGUUAGAACUAGGAGUGAAUACACAGAGUAUUUGGAAGCAGUAUUUGAAUCAGAGAGCAGAAGCUAUGGAACGUUAUACAAUAGUUUUCAUGAAUUUGAAGGUGACUAUGAGCAACUUUAUAAGAGCACUAAGGGAAUCAAGUGUUGGAGUGUUGGACCAGUUUCAGCCUGGGUUAAAAAGGGUGAUGAAAAUAAGGACAAUAAGGGACACAAGGAGGGUGUUGAAGAAGAACCAGAGUGGCUAAAUUGGCUUAACUCUAAGCAAAAUGAGUCUGUAAUUUAUGUGAGUUUUGGAAGCCUAGUCAGGCUCCCUUAUGCUCAGCUUGUUGAAAUUGCCCAUGGGCUUGAAAGUUCUGGUCAAGACUUCAUCUGGGUCAUUAGGAUAAAGAUUGAAGAUGAGAACGAAGAUAAUUUUCUUCAAGAUUUUGAGCAAAGGAUGAGAGAAAGCCACAAGGGUUUUAUCAUAUGGAACUGGGCACCUCAGCUGCUGAUAUUGGAUCACCCUGCCAUAGGAGGAUUUGUGACUCACUGUGGUUGGAAUUCCAUUCUUGAAAGCGUGAGUGCUGGUUUGCCAAUGGUCACAUGGCCUAUCUUUUCAGACCAAUUUUACAAUGAGAAGUUGGUAGUUGAUGUGUUGAAAAUUGGAGUCCCUGUAGGAUCGAAAGAAAACACGUUUUGGACAAAUAUUGGUGUGGAUGCAUCAGUGAGAAGGGAAGAGAUUGAGAAGGCUGUGGUACUGUUGAUGGGAAAAGAAGAAGAGAGCGUAGAAAUGAGGAGGAGAGCAAGAAAACUUGGUGAGGUUUCCAGGAAGACCAUAGAGGAGGGUGGAUCCUCUUACAACAACUUGAAGCAGCUGAUAGAUGAGCUAAAUUUACUGAAGAUAUCAAGAGCACUUAAGAAAGCAAAUUAG